GGCUUUCAGAUCCCGUUCACGCGCUCUCGCUGAAAGUCGCGUUUUCAGCGAAACACGUGAACAACGAGAGCCGUUUUGUCAUUCUUGAUUCGCGUCUUUUUCGACGAACUUGUAAUCGGACUAUCGUAAGGGUUGAUAAAGUGACCGCGUAAUUAAAUGGCGCGAGUGUUGUUGGUAUUAUUGUUUUGUGGCGUUUAUGGGGUGUUUGUUUGGGGGGCAACGGCUAACUUCAGGGGAGACCCGGGGGAGUCGUCGUGUCAACCGGACAAGUUGACUGUUUAUAAAGUUGUGUUGCACACGUUCUGGAGCAGAGAUAGUUUCCCUAAACAUUAUCCGGAUUGGAGGCCUCCAGCUUCUUGGUCCAAAGUUUUCGGUCGAAGCCAUGACAAAUCUUUUACUCUAUUUCGGUUGGGUAGAAAAUCAUCUCUAGGUGUAAAAUCAUUCGCAGAAAUGGGUAGAACAGAUGUCCUGGAGGAACAGAGCCAAGGUGAAGGAGGUAUUUACGAUGAAUUUAAUGCACCUCCAAUUAACUCAGGAGUAGGACGAACAGAAGCUGAGUUUUUUGUGGAUGGGAAUCAUUCAAGGGUUUCCCUUAUGUCAAAAAUAGUGCCAUCUCCAGAUUGGUUUAUAGGAGUAGAUAGUUUUGAUUUAUGCGUAAAUGGAAACUGGUUGGAUAGCAUUACAAUAGAGGUUGACCCAAUUGACGCAGGUACAGAUAAUGGAUUUACUUUUACCGCUCCCAACUGGCCCACAGAGCCUCAAGGAGAAGCAUACAGAAUAACUGCGCAAUAUCCAGCACAUCCUGCAGGAUCCUUUUUCUAUCCUUACUUAAAAAGGUUACCUCCUAUUGCGACGUUUCAGUUUAUUAAAAUUAAAGAAUAUGAACUUUCUGAAGUUUUUCAUCAUUCAGAGGAUGACAGGAAAUAUGAAGUAUUAAAAAUGGAACAUUUAGCUGAAAGAAACAGCGAACUCGAUAGCACUGACAACAAUGAUAUUCAGUUGGCUAUUGAAGAAGAAAGGCAAGAGCAGGAGGUGCAUAUGAAACCUAAGCCCAAACCUAGAAAUAGAUUAAAUAAUUACUCAAUGUCAAAUAACUAUUACAAACAGUACACAUUGGCCACUCCGACCAGUACAAGUGCUUCGAGAUAUUUUAACACGGACAGCAAUGUUAUCAGUAAUACAAUCCAUCCCAACGAUAUAACCCUGCCAUCUCCAUCUGGUUUUCCAGCUGUAGUACCAAAGGGAAACAAGGAAGCUAUCUUAAGUAGUAUUGCGGAUUCAUACCUAAAUCAAAAAGAUCAAGCCCAAAAGAAGUACAAGAAAUUGAAAAAGAAUUCAAAGAGAUACCGCGCCCCACGCGACUGCAGAGUAUCACAGUGGUCUGAAUGGAGUCCAUGCAGUAAAUCCUGCGGCAUAGGCGAGAUGCAACGGAAAAGAGAAGUGAUAAAACAUGCCAGAAGGGGUGGCAGACAGUGUCCGCCGUUGACCGAAACAAAAUGGUGUGGAAGCGCCCGAUCGUGCAACAAGGAGUACUUCAAUUGGCAAUAACUGUAAAAAAUAUGGUCACUUUAAUGUAUAUCUUUGCCAAAAAUGGGUUGUCGGGUUAUUGUCGGGGCAACCACUGAAGACUGAGAACGGUUGUAGUAAUCGACAGUGCCGUUAUUGAACUACAAACUUAAACCAUGUGUUAUUGCUAUAGGGAGUUAAAAAUUAUGUUUUAUACACUGCCAAGCACUAGUAGAAUUAUAGGUAAAAGUUGACGUAUAAGAUAUUUAAAUGGUUUGGUUACAGAUGAAGUUUUUUUGAAAUCCUAAUUUUGUAAAUUUGCUUAAGACUAACUAUUUUUAUUAGUAUUGCGUGUACCUACAAUUUUUCAGUAGAGCUGCUUUUAACUAGAUUAACUCAUUUUUCUAAAAAAUAUUAAUAGCUCUUGAUUUAUAUGUAAUUUUCGAAAAAGUUAAAAGAAAGUUGGUUACAUAAUUUUUUAUCGUAGCUUUGUAAGGUAAGAUUGCAAUGCAUUUUAUUCAAUUGUUAAUCUUAGAGGGUAUCUGGUAAAAUUAAAAUAUAAUAUUACAGAUUCCCUAUAUUUAUUUCAGAUACAACUUGUCAAGCAAACAUCUUUAAGAUCAAAGAGCGAGAAAACGUCGUAUUUAUUAAUUCUUGUUUUAAAAUUAAAGAUUUUGAAAACUUAUAUUUUAUCGACAGUAUCAUCAAUAAAUGAUGGAAAAUAUGUUACAGGAUGUUCGAUAUGGUCAUUGAGUUAGACGGUAAACCGGAAAUAGAAAUUAAUUACUAUAAGCAUAGUUAGAAUCGUACCAUGUGUGGGGCGCCAAGGUGCUUUUUUUAGCAUUUUAUGACAAGAAAAAUUUUGUAUGAAAAAUCCAACAUUAUAAUAGAAAUAUUUCGAAGUAUGCAGCAUAUUGCCGAUAAAAGUCGAUUUCCAGCUAAAUCCUUUCGAGGCCCAACACCACCCUAAAAAUAAGAUAAUCAUGUUCCGUUUAGAUCGUUUUUCUUGAAGGGCGGUAAUAUAUAAUUGGAUGCUUAUACCCUGAAAAACAGUGGUGGUUCGUAGUUUACUUAUUCAGUAAAUACGACAGGUAGGUAGGUACAGGAGGGUAGGUAGAGGAGUGGGUAAUUAGAAAAAAACGCUACUUGCAAAUAAGCAAAAGAAGUUUUGUAUGAUUAAUUUCCAAUGAAAAAUUGAUAGAACUUUUUUUUAUUCUAAAAUAAAUAAUCAUUGAUUGUUAAUGUUUUAUUUUAAUUUUAAAUUUUUUACAUCCUUGUGAUAUCUUUAAUUAUUUCUUAUAUAUGGUUCAUAAUAUUUCAUAAUUUCCAGGCAAGUUCUUUGUAAGCAGUUCUUUGUAAUAUUUAGAUCCACUUUUUAUUUCUUCUGGGUGGCUCGCAAUAUAAUUGACAUGAGACAAAAGUUUGAGAUAAAGAAAUUAUACGUACUAUAUUUUCUUAUUAUUUAUAUAUUUGACAGCUGUUAAGUUAUUUAACCAGAAAAGUUAUUUUAAUUAUUUUCUAGGUCUUGACUUAAGUGAAGAGCUUUUGAAAAAAUCUCUUCAUUCAGCAUACAAUUUUUGGAAAAUUAGUGAAUAACUUCAUCUUUAUCUGCCCGGUCAUUAUGAUUUGUAAAACAAGCAAAAUGAAUGCAUUCUAGGGUAUACCAAGCAAAUAAAUCUCUCUUUCAAUUCUAAUAUCUUCUAGCUUGGCAUUAAAGAAAUUGCGAACCAAUAUUCAUACGAACUUCUCAUCUUAAAAUUGGCUAAGAGUUCCUUGGUUAAAACUUGUUUACAUAAUUCAAUAAUAUCGUGUAUAUUUCGGAUAUGUGGACUAACUUCCUGUUUAUUUAUAAGUUUGGAAACAUUUCGUUAAUAUUUAAAGUAUUGUCAAAUUGCCUUACACAUUUAUAUAUUAGUAGAAUUGCAUUUACUGGGUGCGCAUGAAAUGUUCACUAUAUUGGUAAAUUUUCAUAAUAAUUUGCUAAAAUUAAAUAAUAAACGUAUUUUUUUGGUGUUAUUGGUUACUAAACUAAUGAGCAAAAUCCAAGUUGUUUUUAUUCGGUCAGUCUACUGACCUUAAGAACAUACCAUUAUAUAUUCAUAUUCAUUUGCAAAAUAAUCUACGUAAUUUUUUUGGUGGGUAAUUUUUUAGGACUACUUAUAUAACCUAAAUACUGUUUUCUUUGCAAUAAUUUUAAUUAUUUUAACCAUAAUAUAAAAAUAACUUAUUAUAAUUACCAUAUUAGUUCUAGAAAAAUCCUAAUUUUCAUUUCAGUGUUUAAUUAAUUAAAAAAAAAACGCCAAUUUUUUCUCCCUAUAGCAAAUUUUUUAUAACAUACACUAGCCGAUCAAAAAGUGUUAAUAAAAGAUUACUGACCAGUCCCUGUGAAGAACAAUGGAUGUGCAAGUUAUUCGUAUAAGAAAUUUGUAGACGUAUUUUGACUGAAACUUCAAGUCAAAUAUGCAUGUGUGUUUUUUAUGUGCUUAUACAAAUAGAUUUGUAGAAAAAUAUAAAUCUAAUGCUUAAAUAUUACUUUUUUCCAUGUAGACAAUCAAUGUAGUUUGGCUUUUUUAACCAGUUUAAAUAUUUUUUCUUUUCAUUUUUGUACAUAUUUUGGGCUGGUCUUAUUCACUAAGAAAACUUAUUUAUACGCCGAGAAAAAAUAGUUAAUAUUCUAAACACAAUAAAUCAAAUUCUAAAUAGACCUAAAAAUAUUAACGAGGUAAAAUAUUAAAAUAAUAAUAAAAUGUUUAAUUUAAAAUUUAAAUAAUUUGUCUUUCGCACAAGUAACCUUACUAUCAUUUAAAAAAUUAACUAUAUUUUCUAGACCAUAUUUUGUCACUAUGGUAUAAACGGGACUUUAUUUUCGCUUUACUGUGUAGCUACGUAUACUCUGUCACUAAUUAAAAUUUUUUCCUCAAUGAGGAACAACUAUUUAUUUUAUUAUCUAACAUAUGUUAAAUUACUGAGUAGCAAAAUGUUUAUAAUUUGUUUUUAUUACAUGCGCCUUCUAUAAACUAAUUUUUAGUUUACUCAAUAUUUAAACCAAAAAGAGAAUAACUUAAGAUUUUUAGUAGAAGCUACAUUUCAUAAAAUUUAUUAACGUUAAAUAUAGCUUCUGCUUUUUUUGUUUAGAUUUAAGAAAGCAGUAAAAACUGUUUUUUAACAAACUUUCAUAUUGUAUUAUUCUAAGUAUAAUAAUUAAUAAUAUAUUAUAUUUUAUAGUCCAAAUAAUAAAAAUGGCAUACAUGUUUCAGCAGAUUUGGACUAUAAAAGUUGUAAAGUGGAUGUAACAAUGUGUAUAAUAAUAAAUCUUAUAACUAAUAAGUUUGUUAAUAGCGUAUUAAUUUUGAAUUAAUCAAGUGGUAAGCGUUCAUCUUAUAUUUUAGACAUAUCAUGUGUUGUGUAACUCGUGGCCCUGAUCAAGGCAUAUAUUAAAUUAAAAUUUCGAAUUUUCAUCUCUCAAAUCUUAAAUACGUUUACUACUUGACCUGUUAGUUUUUUCGACACUUUUCUGUUCAUUUUCCAAGUAUAAACUAUAGUUUAUAAUAAUUGUACUACGAAUGAAAUAAACGUUAUAUUUAGAUAAAA